UGUGGAAGGAAGUGCUGUGUGAGCUCCAGCUUUUAAGUAGUCGUUUGGCGUUGAGCUGACGGGGAGACCCUGCUUGAGUCACUGGCUUGCGUGGCGUGGUGAUUCCGGAAAGGGAGGAGGCUCGCUCACUAGUAAAGGAGGCUCAGGUCUCACACCCCUCCGGGACAUGCCCCGUGUGUCUCAUGGUGGUAGCUGCGAGGCGUCUCCUGGCGAAGAAACCUGCUCUCAUCUCCAUGUCUUUGGACUUCUUUCUGCAGCCUCUGGAUGGCGGUCCCCGGGUGCCCGUGGGGCCGGGGCAGACGGUGAUAGGCCGCGGGCCUCUGCUGGGAAUAACAGACAAAAGAGUAUCCAGAAGACAUGCCAUUCUAGAGGUGGUGGGUAGUCAGCUUCGAAUCAAACCAAUCCAUACAAAUCCAUGUUUCCAUCAGUCCUCUGAGGAGAGCCAGCUCUUGCCAAUGAAGACACACGUGUGGUGCUGGUUGAAUCCUGGGGAUAGCUUUUCCUUGUUACUCAACAAGUACUCUUUCCGUGUUUUCUCUCCACAAGCUGAGGUGGAAAUGGAGUGUACUUUAAGUUCUGUUGUAUUUUCCAGGAACAGUCAAAUACUUGAUGAAGAUGAUGUGUUGAGUGAAAUGCACAAGUCCCCUGUGAUUAAGCUGCCCGAUGAGACAGCCGGUGCUUCCCGGCCGCAAGGAAGCCCUGAGCUAACCGAGUGUGCUGCCAUCGAGACUCCGUCCUCUUCAGGUACACGUGGAGAUGGCAGUGGGCACCAGCCACACCCUGCCCAGAGGAAAAGAAUCCUCCCAGCUUGGAUGUUAGAAAAUUUAAGUGAUCAAAACCUUUCAGCACCUGUUACGGGUGGAGAUAAGGAUGUCAUCCAGAGGAGUGGAAAAGAAGGAACCUGCAAAGAUAAAACUCCAGUAAACAGAACAUGGCAUGGAAGAAAGCGAUUAAUUUCACUAGGAAAUUCAGAAAGUAUAUCAGCAGAACAGGAUCCUGGGAAAAAAUGUAAAAGUUCUGAUCAAGAAGGACCAGUUGUUUCAUCCAAGGAAGUUCCAGAAUCAUUGUCUUCAAUCACAUUAGGUGAUCCAGAUACAGAUACUGUGAAGAUGAGUGAACCGAACAACGCAGUUCCAAUAGAGGAGCUUGGUGAGGUCUCUAGACAUAAAACCGUCAGCCAAGCAACAACAGAUGAAGAGGGGGAGACAGUGAGCCGUCCUGAGAGUCAUUCAAGCGUCCAAAGGAAGUCACCUCCCGAGACAUCGCAAGGGUUCUGUCCUGAAUCCCGCUCUGCUCCCUCUAGUCCCGAUGCUUCGCACACAGUGGCUGAUUCAGUUCUAGGCUGUUCAGAAGGAAGCAAGGUCCAGAGGGCGUCCUGCAUGUAUGGGGCUGACUGCUACAGGAAGAAUCCUCUCCAUUUUCAACAUUUCAGCCACCCUGGUGAUAGUGAUUAUGGAGAUGUACAAGUCACAGAUGAAGGUGUAACUGGCGACAGGCCUGAAUGUCCCUAUGGGGCAUCUUGUUACAGGAAGAACCCCCAGCACAAGAUGGAAUACAGACAUAGUGCACUUCCAGGUACUUCCGCUCAACUAGAGGAAUUUUUACACCCUUAUUAAGUGGGACAGUAGAAUCAGUGCUGACAUCUGAGGAAAGAAUAAACAACUUCUGAUUCAUGAUUCUUAGAAGAAAGGCUGAAUUUCCCUCCUUCAACUAGCCUAGACCAAAUCUUCCCUUUGAGCCAAUCACAGUAGCUGGUUAUUAUUCUGAACCAGAGCAUGAACCUUCUCCAGUACCACUGGGACUGUGGUCAUCCUGUUAGAGUGUAAACUUGUAGCUGUCCAGUUGACCAUUGUUUUACCUGGUUUUGAGCUCUUUAAGAAUUUUCCUAGAAAAAAAAAGAAUUUUCCUUUCAAUAAACCUCAGUUUCUUUCGGUUGUGUAUAUAACGGAAGGACUACGUCAGCAGAUAGUGUCUGUGCCCAUGAGGAGGGAGAGUAAAGCAAAUGCUGUCAGGACUGUGUAUCUACGUGUGUAAACCAGCUUGUGUCCAAACCAUGAAGAUAACUUGCAAUGAGAGAAACCCACCGAGAACCUCUUUGUUGACCACUCAAGUGUGUUAGUACUCUAGACAUAAAUGGAUCCCUUUGUCUUGGCUAGCAGGCUCUGGGGCUAUUGCAUGACAGAAUCUCUUUACUGGGUUGGAUUUAAUGAUUUUCCAGCAAUGAUAUUUAUUUAACUAUUUUAUUGGCAGAUUAUGCCAAUAUAUUGUCCCAUAUAAAGACAUUUGUGGGCCUGGAGAGAUGGCUCAAAGGUUGAGAGCACUGGCUGGUCUUUCAGAGGUCCUGAGUUCAAUUCCCAGCAACCACAUGGUGGCUCACAACCAUCUAUAAUGAGAUACUGUAUACAUAAUAAAUAAAAUCUUUAAAAAAAAGACAUUUGUAUAUCUUUAUCGAAAUAGGAACUAUUUACCUAAAAGCUGUCAAUAUGCAUCAUAUAGCAUAGUUUAAAAUGUCUGAAUAAUCUUUGAAAAGUUUGUUGGGAUUUUGUGGAAGUGUUUUCUAAAUGAAGAAUAUACUUUAGAACUAUGAACUUAAAAUAUUUUUUGAGAUUAAUAUAAUUACAACAUUCAACAGUGAAUGUUUGAAGAAAUUUUUUUGUAUUGGACAGCUACUUUUUCUUAUUAGCAACCCAGAAGCAUGCACAUUUAGACCGCUGUUUAACCGGGUAUUGCUGCCCACUGUUUCAGUUACUUGCAGUCAGUAUUUGUCUGAAGACAGCAAAUAGAAAAGUCCCGAAAUAAGUAACUCAUAAGCUUUAACUACUGUUGUUUUAUUUAUUCCAUUUCAUUAUUGUUGCUAUUAGUCUCUUACUGUGCCCAGUGACAAAUCAGACUUUAUCAUAGGACGUGUGUGUGUGUGUGUGUAUGUGUGU